UGCCUCCUCAUCGUCUUCAGCAAGGACGAGUUCCCUGAGGUCUACGUGCCCACUGUCUUCGAGAACUACGUGGCAGAUAUCGAGGUGGAUGGCAAGCAGGUGGAGCUGGCCCUGUGGGACACAGCUGGGCAGGAGGACUAUGACCGCCUGCGCCCCCUUUCCUACCCGGACACUGAUGUCAUCCUCAUGUGCUUCUCUGUGGACAGCCCGGACUCGCUGGAGAACAUCCCGGAGAAGUGGGUGCCUGAAGUCAAGCACUUCUGCCCCAACGUCCCCAUCAUCCUGGUGGCCAACAAGAAGGACCUGCGCAACGACGAGCACGUGCGCAAUGAGCUGGCCCGCAUGAAGCAGGAGCCGGUGCGCACCGAGGAUGGCCGCGCCAUGGCCAUCCGCAUCCAGGCCUAUGACUACCUGGAAUGCUCAGCCAAGACCAAGGAGGGUGUCCGGGAGGUCUUCGAGACCGCCACCCGGGCAGCCUUGCAGAAGCGCUACGGCACCCAGAAUGGCUGCAUCAACUGCUGCAAAGUCCUAUAGGGUGCAGCCGGAGCGCGGCGCUGGUCACAGCGCCUGGGUCACCUGUUGGCAGGCGGAGAGGAGCUGGGUUAUGCACGCACACGGCAUCUGCCUGUCACCCCUGCUGGGGGCUGGCGAUGAAUCGGGGUGGGGGCUGAGGGAGGGGGUGUGCUCCCUUUGCCUUGGCUGAAAAGGGGUGUGCUGGCUCAGCCGUGGGGACAGAGGGAGGGGGGGAUUGCAUGCCCUGUGUCUUGGGAGUAAAGUGGGGAGAAGCCUUCUCCCACCACUGGCCCCUGUGAGUUAGUUACAGACUCUCAACAACAGAAAAGCUGCUGAGACUGGACUGAGCAAACAUUGCACCCGGCUCUUCCCCUCUGCCCGCCGCCUGCUGCUCCCAGCUCCCAGCCAGCCUCCUCUCUUUUGCAAGAGGAAAGCGGUGGAGCUGAGAUGCUCGAAGGGACUUCUGCCUCCUGCCUGCAUGUGCCUCCUCCCAGGUGUGCUGGGGAAGGAGGCUGCAUCUCCUGGGCUGCCUGCAGCAUCCCUGCCUCUCCCGCAGAUGUUUCGGCCUGAGCCUGACCUGCUGUGGAAGUUAGUGCCCUGAAGAUCGAGACUGGGAGGGGAGGGUCGUCCCAAGCAAAGCCUGUAUAUAUCUUACCUUUUCUGUCUUGUGCAAACUUGGGGUAGUGCAGGGGGUGCUUAUUUAAAGUGAGGUGGGGAGGGGGUGCCAGCGGGGACUUGUGUUGUGCAAAGGAACUCGCCCUGAGUGACUGAUGCCUGCUGAUAACACGAGCCUUGGACUGACUCCAGCUGCAGAAGCCACCUGGCUGGAAAGUAAAGCUGAACUGCUCUGUCCUCCUUGCUGGACAUCCUCCUCCUGACGGACGGGGCAGGAUGAGCAAGGGGGAAGGGGAUGAUAUUGCCAUACUAUGCUCUUGGUGCCUGCUCCUUCCUUUAGUGUUGUCUUCUGCAAGUAUGUUG